ACGUCACACCAGAACCUUAUCAAAUUCCCUCAGCAACCUAAUAUUUGUUCUUAUUUUCGUGCUGUAUGCGUGAUUUUUACGAUAGUGUCUUUCGUGUCUGGUUACUCGUGAAAUAAUUCAUAAAGGAAAAAAAAUGGAAUUACCACAUAUAGGAACUAACUGUGCGGAACCAACCUGUAGGCAGCUGGAUUUCCUCCCGUUUACAUGCAAUAUGUGUAAAAAGGAAUUCUGCGUGGACCACCAUAAAUACGAAGACCACAGCUGUCCCGAGAGCUACAAGGCUGACGUUCGAAUUCCAGUAUGUCCCCUGUGCGACCAACCGGUCCCCAGCAAGAGGGGCGAAGCUCCUGAUCUUGCUGUCAAUGAUCACAUGGAAAAUAAUUGUAAAAAUAAAAACAAGAAGAUUUAUACCAACAAAUGCUCAGCAAAUGGUUGCAAAACGAGGGAGAUGGUUCCGGUUUCCUGCAAUGCCUGUGGCCUUAACUACUGCUUGCGACACAGGCAUACAACUGACCACGACUGCAAGGGGCCUGCAACGUCACGAGAUAAAGCUGCCAAAGCCGCCUCGUCACGCAGCGGCACCAGUAGAGGGCAGAGCAAUGGCACCGUCUCCCGUGGCCUCAGUAGCCUAGCAGACGCAAGUGCCCAAGGCAUCAGGAGGUACUUCUCCUCUACCCCCCCAUCCGCCGGGCCCAGGCCAACUGGGCACUCGCAGCAGCACCAGAGACAGCCUGUCCGAACGCCACCCAGCGUGUCGUCACUGCAGGGCGGAAUGUCAGAGGACGAAGCUUUAGCUCGUGCGAUGGCAGCCUCUGUACACGAUGCUAACAAGGCACCACGGCCACAGCAGCAACAACCAUCUCGAACUAGUCCCCAGGAAAGUGAGGAUGAACAGCUGGCCCGAGCUAUUGCCGCUAGCCUAGAGGAAACUUCGGCGGCGUCUGCAGCACGGAACCAGCAAGGCAGUAGCAGUAUCAACUGUAACGUUUGUUGAGGGAAUGCAGAAACUACCUCAGGAAUACACUUGGGUUUUAAAGUAUACGUGGUUUGCGUAAGUUAAAAGGAGAUGCUGUUGGAUUAUGAGGAUUUUUUAAUGGAUUGUGGACUGUUGUUAUCUUUUGAGUCUGUUUGCAUAAGUUUGCAUGUAUGUGUAUGAAUGUGAGAGUUCAUUUUAUUACACAUUUGGUUUCACUUUGAGAAGUCGCAGGCUGUAUUUUGGUUGUAUCCUUAAUGCCAGUUUUUGUUGAAAUUUACUUGAAAAGAUUUUUGUUUGAUUUUAAUUAUGAUUUGUUUGUAUAAUCUAAUACCUGAAAUUAGUACAGAGUUACAAUUUAAGAACAUCUGAUACCUGAAGUUAGCUUUAUAAACUUAUUACACAUUUUGUCAAAAUUAGAAAUUUUAGAAAUGUAAAGGCUCCAGAAAAUUUUAUAUCAGAAUUGCUGGAUUGAUUUUAUUGCUCACUAAUAGUAUAUUCUCCUUUCCAUUUGUUUUCUUUUUUAAUUGAUUAUGCUAUUACUCUUCCUUAUAGUAUAGUCAAAGAAGAUAUAUUAUAUCGCAUCAUCGAACCCAAGUCGUACGUAAUGUCAUGAGGAAUAAUUGAACAGUGAGAGGAUCGUAUCACACUCAGUCAGUUGUGAUUAAUCAUUCAUACCCUCAUUCACGCAUUCAAUCACUCAAUCACUUUUACAUUCGAGCCCUCACUGAGUCACAUAUCUGCACCCAUAUGUUCUUAUACUCACUCUUUUCUCACCUACACAUAUAAUUUAGUUAUAAUGCCUUUGUUAUUUAAGAAAAAUAUACUUGAGACACUCUUUUUCACCCACACAUAUAAGUGCAUCAUAAUACCUCUGUUAUAUAAGAAAAAUAAACUUGAAAAUGAAGAAAGAGAUAUAUAUGUAUAUAGUAACUCCCUUAUAUAUAGAUUAUUCUUACAAUGGGAUUAAAAUAAACCGCAGUUGCUGCUGUUGCAGAGUUCAUCCACCACCUUGAGAUAUCCUAUUCGUGGACCAAAUUUCCUGACAAAUUUGUUUAUGAAUUUGUUAGAAAUUUGUAUUUUUAGAAGUAUGGAAAAAGCAUAAAAAAACGAGAAAAAUCUUACGCUAAGGUUGUUUUGUUUUUUUCUUUAUUCUGCCUAAUUGCAGAUAUUAAUAUUGUCAGUGUAUCUGAUUGAUGCUAACACACUUUUGCUGUAUGGUCAGAGGAAAUUAUUUUACAGCUAAACAAACAGAAGUUUUUAAGAUUACAUGCAGUGUAGAAUUUAUAAACUAGUGAAAAAGUCAAGUUUAAGUGUUGUCGAGACUUUUAGUUAAAAUUACUCUUGUAGAUGCACAUUCAGUUUGCUUCUCUCCUCAAAUAUUUAUUCAGAUAUUUUUGUUGACUGUGUCUUGCUACAGUUCUCAAGUUGUAAAGUAUAGUUCCUCUUGUCAUGUAGGUAUCAGUUUGUGAUACUACUUCAUUGAAAAGAAAAAAGCUGAAAUAGGAAUGAUUAGUUUGGUUCCUUGAAAAGCUCUAACAUUAAAGAGUUUAAAAAUG